CCUCCCCGCCCCGAGCACUGCGAGGGCGCGGCCGCGGCUUUUCGGGGCGCUCCCUCCGCCCCCCCGGAGCCCCCCGGUAGCGAUCCCGGCGCGGACGCCGGGUGGGACGGCGGCGCCGGUGCCGCGGUGGCGGCGGCGAGGGCGGCGGUGCUGCAGAAGCUGCUCUGGGCCGCCCGGGAGCUGCCCCGCAGCGGCUGCGUGGAGGGCAGCGCCCGCCUCUGCCGCCUGGUGCGGGACUGCGCCCUCGCCCUGAGGGGGCUGCGAGACCUCGAGACCCCCGGGGGGCACGGCGGAGACCCCCCGGGGUACCCCGAGAGCCCCGCGACGCCGUGAGAGCAGCGGGGGGCACGGCGGAGCCCGCCUGGGAUACCCCGGGACAUCCCAAACCUUCCGCCCGC